AUGACUGACUACCUGUACGACAACGUUGUUCCCAACUUCCGCUUGGAUGGCAAGCUUGCGAUUCUCACCGGCGGCCUGGGCGGGCUCGCCCUGGUGAUCCUGAGAGCCCUCGUCGCCCAAGGGGCCGAGGUCGCUUUGGUCGACAUGAACUUGGAGCGCACCAAGCAGGCGGCCAAGGACGUCGCCCAGUGGGCCACCGAAGAACUCAAAGGCCGUAGCGACGCGCCCGUGCCUGAAGUGCUGGCGUGGAGCUGCAACAUUGGCGACGCCGGCCACGUCGACGAGACUUUUGCUCAGAUCAACACCCACCACAAGAAGAACGCGCUGAUUUUGAUCAACACUGCCGGCUACUGCGAGAAUUUUGUCGCUGAAGACUACCCCGCUGCCAACGCCGAAAACAUCAUGAAGGUGAACGGGUUGGGCGCCUUCUACGUGUCGCAGGCGUUUGCCCGCCCCUUGAUCGCUGCGAAGGAGCUGGGGCUGAUCAUCUUGAUCGGGUCGAUGCUGGGGACUAUCGUCAACGACCCCCAGCCCCAAUGCAUGUACAACAUGCUGAAAGCUGGCGUGAUCCACCUUGCGCGCUCGUUGGCGUGCGAGUGGGCCAAGUACAACAUCCGCGUCAACACGUUGCUGCCGGGGUACAUCUUGACCCCGUUGACCAAGAACGUGAUCGGGCUGCACGCGGAAAUGAAGGAGGCGUGGGAACUGAAGAUCCCCAUGCACCGCAUGGCCGAGCCCAAGGAGUUUGUCGGGCUGAUCCUCUACUUGUGCAGCGACACCGCCUCCCUGUACACCACGGGGCACAACCUUGUCGUCGACGGCGGCUACGAAUGUUGGUAA